GACGGAAACAUUUGCAGACAAUGAGCAACGUUAAGAUCACCGAGAAGGUUGCAUCGAGUUAUAUCACUGCCUUUGCAGAGAAGGUCAAGGCUUCACAUCAACCAUUUGUCUCUGGACAAGGGGUUAUAGAUGGUGAGAGAUCCAAUAGAGGUAACAAGCUGAAGUUUGGCGCUGAUCGUGUACAUAGAGAUCACAUUGAUGGUUUUAACAACUAUUUGGAGACACCCGAGGAAGUUGAGUACAACGGUGCCCGCCGCUUAGUGUUCAAGAGAAGAAGAGAUGAAGACGACGAAUAUGACAGCGACGAAGAACAUGGAGUACAGGACGACGCGGAGGAUGAGGAGGAUGAGGCGGAUGAGGAGGAUGAGGAGGAUGAUCCUUAUGCAAGUAUCGACUUAUAUGAGAUUUUGAAGCCUAUCACUGCUCCUGAGGAGAUUAGCAAUAGAGAGAGCAUAUCCAGAACAUACCAGAGUAAAGUGUUGAGACACUUUACUAGCCAGUCCAUCGAAAUCAUUGAGAAGGAACAGGACACAGUAAUGAAACUUUCGUCCUUGUUGGAUUUCCUUUUAGGAGAGGAUGAGAAGGAUUUGCUUGAGGCUGGCCUUGAGCUUCCAGAUUAUGAUCAUAAUUUGACACCAAACAAGGCACAAGGAGAGAUCGACCUAGAUAAGCGCAUUACACGCAAAUCUGUAAGCCAAGAGAACGAUCCAUUCUUUGCCCUUCCACAGUUCAAAUUUGAUCCAAACCAAGGUUUACCUGCUCAAGAGGCUGAAGAAGCUCGUCAACUGUCACAAGUUGCCCUUCAAAGAACUCAAGAGUUCAUCAGAUCUUUGACACAAGUCAGAAAUGGGCUGUCAAGGGCACAGUAUUUAAAGGAGAAGAUCUACGCAUGGGCAAGAGAGAUGAACGGCGAUCCAGAUGAAAGUGAUGUCUACGUUGCUGAGAAAGAGGCUGCUGCUAAGAUAGCACAGGCCGAAAAAGAGGCCAAAGCAGCCCUUGAAGCUUCAAAAGAACCUUCUGUAAGUCGGAAGGGUACGCCACAACCUGGGAGAAAAAGAGGUAGAAGAAGUUAGCUUAAUAGCAGUAUCAUGAGUAUCAUUAUUAUACAGAAUCUCAUUCUAAGUAUGGUCCAAUCACCAGCCGUCUGUAGACUCGUCAAGAACCUUAACAAGGGAAGAAGGAACAUUUGGAGUCG